AUGAAUCUCCCCUCCGGUAAAGGGGCAGGAUUAAAUCUACUAAAAUAUAUUAAGGGAGGGGGUAAAACGGCACCAAGGAUUACUCUUCUGAUUGUUGCACUAUUGACAUGUGCUUCCUUUAUGACUUUAUUAUUUCAUGCUUUACCGGUACUUGUUCAGGAAAUUCGAGAAGGACCAACAGAUACAUACAAACAACAAGUUUCAAACGAGAAAAGACUUUUGUCACUUCUUUUAAAUGAUGACUUAAAUAAGAGAUUUCGUUCUACAAGAUUACUUUCAAUGAGUCUCAAAUCAUUAAUCGGAAGAGAUACAUAUAUAAUAUUAAAUGAGACUAUAGUAAAUCCAUUUAAUGAAGAAGUAGAGGUGAAUUUAUCUCCCCUUGCUAUUUGGAAUUAUACUGAUAAUAUUAAUAAUUCAAAAUUCAUAUGUAAAAAAUUUUUGGUUUCUUUUAAUGAGUCAAUAUUAGAUAAUCAUAAUAAUGGAAAUGUAUUAGAUAAAGGAUGUAUUAAUCAUUAUAUUAAAGCUACAAUUGAUAAUAAAUAUGAAAAUGUAUCAUAUUCUAUAAAUAGAUUAUUAGCUAUAUUUAAUGGUAUUUUAAUAGCUCUUAAAGAUAUAAAGGAUUUACUUAAUAAUAUUCCAAUUAAUAAGGGUAUGUUAAUUGUAUUUGCUGCAAAUAUGGAAUUUACAGAUAAUUGGCAAGAUUCUUUACAUGGAAUGUAUAAAUCUUGGGAUAAUAGUACAUAUACUAGCCAAAUACUUCUUGGAUCAUGGGGUGCUGGUAAGCCAUUUAGAUUAAAUGAGCAUAUUCCCACCUUGGAUUUUAAUUUUUUUGUAUUAAAUAUACCAUCUAUUAAUUUUUCUAAUAAAAUAAUAAAUCAGACAGAUUCAUUGGAGGUAGUAAAAGAAUUUAUAAAUAGGUUUUAUAAUUCUUUACAUAACUAUACUAUUGAAAUUAAUAAAUAUUCUAAAAUGAAUAAUAAGAAAGAUGAAAUAAUAGAUUCAUUCAAUAUUAAUAAUACUAGUAAUAAAUCAGUGGUUAAUUUUAUUGGAAGUGAAAAUUAUUUUUUUAAUAAAAAUAUUAAUUCAGAAAGUGAUAAAUGGAUGGGAGUGAUUGGUGUAUCAUUAUCUAGAAUAGUUGAAUCUCUCAAAGGAGUAAUUGUAGAUUCUGUAAAUAUGAAUAAGAACUCAUUUAAUAUAUUUGGUGAUAAAGUAAUAUAUAGAACAUAUACUCAAUUUAUAAUUUUAUCACCUGUUGAAAGAAAACGUAUUGUUAAAUAUCAAUAUGAGAAUGAAUAUAGGAGAAUUUGUUUAUAUCAAGGUCAUUCUGAUAUAAAAGCUAUUCUUAGAGCUUCACCAGCACGUAGUUCAUUAGCUGAAUAUGCUAGAUAUAAUGGUUAUGCAUAUUUUCUUUAUGAUUCAUCAUUCCAAAAAAGGAUUCCUAAGAGUAUUUAUAAUUCUUGGUCAAGAAAUGGAUUUUAUAUGAAAAUUUUUACUGCAUUAGAUAUUUUAUUUUGGAAUAUUACGUCUAUUGGUGAAUUUUUAUCAAAAUAUAUGAAUAAUUACUCUAAUAAUAUAUCUGAAGAAAAAAUUUAUAAAAAAUUUUUAGAUAAAAACAUUCCUUCUUAUAAAUUGAAUAAUAAUUGGGACCUAUAUCAUGAUGGGAAAUUUGCUCAUAUAAAAGACUAUACAGAUGUAAAUGAUGUUAAUGGUGAAGCAAUUCAAUUUACACCAAGUAAUGUAAAAGCAAAUAUUUGUGAUUAUGCUGUUUGGUUUGAUAUAGAUAUAGCUAUUACUGAUAAACAUGUUUCAAUUGAACGUUUAAUGUAUGUUCAUAACAAGGAUACAGAAUUGAAAACAGGAAAUGAUACAUAUAACGGAAUUAUAAUGGAUGUUAGUAAUUUUGUUAUGCUUACUGCAAGAGAUUCAGCUUGGAAUGAUCGUUAUUCAUUAGUAAAUAGUGGAUUUGUUAUUAUAUCUAGAUCAAGGUAUGGAUUACAAAUGAUAUUUCAUGCACUAUCUCUAGAUCCAAUAUUAGCAGAAUCCGUAAUUAAAUAUGGUUCGAAUUGGCCUGAACAAACAACUUUAUCACAUUCAGUAUUUUACUUGUAUAACAAUACAGUAUCAACUCCAAACAUGACAUUAGAUAUUAGUAAAUUAGAUAUUAAAUCUAUACCUUCAUUUAUUAUAAAUAAUAUGCCCGGACCAACACCUUUUCUCUUUACUAGUAAAUCACAAAAUAAUGAUGAUUAUCAAAUUGUUGUUAUUAUAAGUCAAAGACUAGCAAAUGGAUUUUUACAAAUGCCACCAAAUUCUUUUGGUGAAGGUCCAUGGUAUCCAGGUGAUUGGUUUAUUCAUGCUGCUGCUUCAAAAAGCCCAUUUAGAGAUAAUGCAUUAGCUGGUCUCUUAUAUGUAUUAAAUUCAGAAGGUAUAAAUUCUGAUUUUAUUAAUUAUUAUCAAGAUGCAUGUGCUCUCCCAUUUUCAACUAUUUAUAAUGGUUUGGAUUCAAUAAUCAAUUAUUUAAGAUCUCAAUUAGAUAAACAUGAGGGAGAUAUUCAGACUAAUAAUAAUAAUAAUAAUAUAUCGAUAUCUAAAAUUAGUAGGAAUGAUAUUAUUAUAGAGUCUAUGAAAUAUUUGAUGUCAAUUAAAACGAGAAAUAAUAUAAAUAUAAACAAUGAAAAUAAUACAUAUUAUAAUGUUAAAGGUUUAGAUAAUGACCAGAUAUUCACAGUAACUUGUAAAUGGCAAUUAUCAUUAUCUUUAAGAUGGUCAAUUGCAGAAACAACUACAUUAGCUAUUGCUACAAUGGUUGGUGUAGUACUAUUUACAUUAUUAUAUCUAUUUCCACACCUAUGUAUAAAACGUGAUGGGCAUAUUCAUUCUAUGAAGGAAUAUACAGAAAAAUCUAUUAUGGUAAAAUAA